CCGCAGACAGCGGGCUGCGCCGUUCGUGUCCACGCAGCCCGCUUUGACGAAAUCGUGUUUAGUGCAAAUGAUUUUGUUUUUAUGGCGCUCAUAUUACUACAAGUGUUGGUGUUGGGUGUGAUCGCGGCUGCCGUCGACGAUGUCCCGGUAACAUGGUCACCGAGCCCCCGGAGCGCGGUGCUGGCCUGCGAGGUGGCGGAGUGGCCGCGCGUGCAGGCGCGCCGCCCGCCCCCACCACUCGACGACGAGCGCCCGCCCUGGCCAGUGGCCGCUUGGCGGAAAGGAGAUAGGGAGUUCUCGUACAAACGGGUCUCCGAAAACAAUAAUUUGGAAGUGCGCAAGAAUGGUGGUGGUGAUGGCAUCUACCAGUGCAAAGUGCGUCACCACGAGGGCGCGGUGCUCGGGUACCCAGUUAACCUUAAGUUUUCAUAUAUGGACAAACAGUUCACAUCACAACCUGAUGAUGUAACGGCGAAGCUGGGACAGCCCCUCGUGAUACCCUGCAGCAUCGGUUCAGGUCCACCCGCUGUAAUUACUUGGAAGAAAAAUGGAGAAACACUCCCUGAUAAUCCUAGAUAUCAUCAGCUAGCGCACGAGCUGUUGAUCACAGAUGUAACGAGAGAGGAUGCUGGAGUGUACAAAUGUAUAGCGACAAAUACAAAUGCGGAUAAGACCAAAUACAGUCGACCGGGUCGCGUGGAAGUCCAGGAGUCCGCAGAGGAGGAACCGGCUCUAUUACCAGUGCAUCACGAGAGCCAAGUGGCCAGGCCUCGUUGGAGUAACCUGAAGCUCGCGUGCCCGGUCACGGGGUGGCCCAGAACUAAAUUAAUCUGGGAGCUGACACCCCCCGGCGGGCGGACGGGCGAGCUGGAGAGCGGCGAGGAGGUGCUGCAGCUGCUAAGGCUGGACGACGACCAGGUCGGCCUCUACUCCUGCUCGGUGGAGGGGCGCAGCGAUAUUGUCAAGACAUUCAACGUGUCAUACACGGAGCCGGUGACGAUAGCGCUGCCGCCCGUGUCCAAAGAGGCGAUGCGGGCCAGCACCGUGCGUUUCAACUGCACGGCGAGAGGCACGCCGGAACCGAAGAUCACGUGGUACAAGGACGCUGAGCUGCUGCAGGUGGCUGGAAGGAUAAAUUUGCGAACAUCAGCCGACCGCACGCGCAUCGAGUUAGUUAUCAGUGGUGUUACUUCCGACGAUGCAGGCGUGUACCAAUGUUUCGCGUGGAACGGCGUGUCCGUGGCGUCCCAGUGGGGCGAGCUGAACGUGACCGGCCCCGGGGCGGCGGCGCCGCAGAGCGUGCGGUGCGCGCCCGCCGGGGCCGCCGCCGUGGCGCUCCGCUGGCGCCCCGCCGCCGCGCAGGUCAUCGCCUACACUGUGGACUUCGCGCCGAGAGACAAGCCGGGCACGGUGCGCACGGCGCAGCCGCACACCGACACGCAGGAGACGGUGCGGGUGCCGGAGCCGCUCACGCCGUACCAGUUCCAGGUGCGCGCGUACAUUCCGCUGCCGACCAAAAAGAACGUGGCCAGCGACAUGUCCGAGGGCGUCGUGUGCAUGGGCCAGGGGGUGCCAAUCAAGCUACUGAAACAAGAUGAUGGUAUACUAGUAUCUUGGAGGCAGUUCGCGUUUAGCACGCCCGGCGUUCUGCAGUGGAUCCUGCAGCUCGCCAAUGACACGUCACCCAGUGGUCACGUGACCAACGUCACGCUGGACGGAGAGGUGUACAAUUAUACUAUUCAAGAACCCUCCACCCGCCAAUACGUUCGCGUCCUGGGCUCGCGAACUCUGGAGUGGCUCCCGCAGAACCUCUCGCUGGUGGAGUGGACCAGCACGGACACCGCCGGCCAGGAGCUGGACGACUGGGAGGCAACAGCGAUCCCGUACGAGCUGGAAGCGCGCGACGUGUCGGAGCACGGGUUCACGCUGCAGUGGCGCUGCGACGCCGCGCCCGCCGCCUUCCUCGUGUGCGUGCGCCGCAGCGGCGGGGACGACGAGUGCCAGGAGAGCCACAAGCCGAGCGCCACGGUGGAGGGCCUGCAGCCGGACAGCGAGUACGAGGUGCGCGUGCGCGUGCGCGCCGCCGCCGCCGCCUCCGCGCCCUACCGCCUGCGCACCGCGCCCGCGGGUGAGGGCCCGUCGCGUUUCGAAGAGCUGCGGUACGAGAUAGUGAACGCGAGCGCCGUGCGCGUGCGCUGGGGCGGGCCGCGCGGCAACUACACCGUGCGGCACAGCGCGCGCCUGCGCCUGCCCGUCGAGCUGUGGGCCGCGCUGCACACCGCCGGCAACAGCGCCCUGAUCAACGGCAUAGAUCCAACGGAACCGACGUACGUGAUAGUGACGGGCUACUCGCCGUACGCGCACAGCCCCGUGCUCACCAUACCCGCGCAGGGAGUCGAAUUGGAUUCGAAGGACCUGCAGUACGAGUACACGAGCGCGGGCGUGCGCGUGUUCUGGAACAGUGCUGGCCCCAGAGAGGUGCGGUUUGCGCAGAACAUCACACAACCGCUGGAGACCUGGAGGGCUAUUAACGUUACGGACUCUAGUGUUGAGUUAACGGACCUAGAUACAAAGUCAGCAGUGUACGUGAUGGUGUCUCUGCCGGGUGUGAACAAGCGGAAACAGGUGCUGAACAUACCUCCGAACCCAAACAAUAACUUCGGCUUCCAUCUAGCGUCAAUGUAUUCAGGCAUCGGGUUGGGAGUCUGCUUUUGUGUGAUGUGCGUGCUGGCCGCCAUCUUUGUGUGUGUCUGGAGGAAACGGAAGCUGAGGAAUCGUACGCCUGUGCGGGCGCGACGACCGACCACGUCACCGGGUAAUGCGGAGGAGGAGGGAUCUGAAAUGAGGGGCGUGGCGCCGCGCGCCAACGGCACCGAGCCGCUGCUCAACGGGCACGUGCACGCGCACUCCAAAACGCCCAACGGCAAAAUGAGAAAGGGCCGGCGCGCGGACGCGUUCGACGCGUUCGACGUGUCACGCUACGAGCCCGACACGACCGCGGAGACCACGCUGGGCGACGCGGCGCCCGCGCUGCGCCUGCUCGACACGUCGCGCGGCCCGCACCUGGACGUGUCACGCGGCCCGCACAUCGACGUGUCACGCGGCCCGCACCUCGACGCGUCACGCGGCGCGGAGCUGCACGUGUCCCGCUCGUCGCGCGAGCUCGGCGACGACUCGUUCAACAAACUGCCGGACGACAACAUGAACUCGGAGCUGACCCGCGGCGCGGAGUUCCAACUAGACAACAGUAAAAUCCGCCCGACGCUCCAACCGAACGGUUGAAAAUCGCUCCCCUCCCGCCGCACAGAACUACAUAGGGGUAGGUGACCCCCUCCGGGCCUCGCGGCCCUUAUAUAUAAGCACUGGUAGAAGAGAUUUCGUACGGAAGUCCAUCGGACGCCCCGCGGGGAUGGCCGGACGCGUUUCGUUCCUAUGCUAGAAUUUAUUUUCGACGAAGGCUGAUUUUUAAACAAUAGUACGGGUAAUUUAGUUUCGAAGCGGCGCGUCCGCCGUCCGCGCGGAGUGGCGCGGGGUCACGCGGGGCCUCGCGGGGUCGCGCGUGGUCGUGCGGGGUCUCGCGGGGUCACGUGGGGUCGCGCGGGACGGUAGCGCGCGAACCUCGCGAUUAAUGUAAGUGCCUCCAUUGACAUGAUGACGUUAGUGCAAACUGUAACAUGAGCGUACAAAAUAUAGACCAAAAUAAGUAUCAGACGCCGUACUGUCGUGUACAUAAUGUGUAUUUAUUUCUCCCUCUAGAUAGAAGCCCUAGAAGCUACAGUUACCGCGCCCUACAUUCCAAUAUAUAUUAUAUUAUACGAAGCGCACACCCGUUACACAAAUCGAAUUAGAUAGCGAAUAAAAAGUUAUAUAAAUUGACAACGAACUACCGAUAUUAAGAGUGAAAUAGUUUAAUGUUCGUUGAUGUUGAUGUUUGGAGGGGGGUGGAUUGAUGGCUAUGCGUGCGCAGGCUUGCCCAUUGCUCAAACUAAUCGUAACUCGCAAUCUCUUCUAAGCUAAGUUCGAGGUUAAGCACUAUAGAGAUAUUCUGGGAACGCGUAUUUUGCAAUUUAACAUUAAGAUUCCUAAAGUUCUGUUUUUUUAGUCAUAUUCCCAUAAAAUCAUGUACUAGCAACCUUUUUUUUGUUAACGUUAAAAAUUGCCGAUCUAGAAGACUCAACCCCGUAUCCGAAUACCCCGGCAAAUAGCAAGAAAUCCAUCCUUCUCGAUCUAGUUUAAAGAUACCCCCUACAGUUCGUUGUUUACCCAUAUCACAAUUACAAUCUACCUCAUUGUCUUGAUUAUAAGGUUUAAAGUUGUUUAAGUUGGCCCCAACGGCACCCGGUUAGGUAGCAUUUGUUUAUUUAUUUCAUAGGUUUUAAGAUUUUGUCCAACGUUUCAACACUGGAAUUGUCAGUUUCUCGGUACAAGCACCUUCGUUAAAUUGUAAAGUACUAUGUGAUUUGAACAGUCAAAAAUUGCAAAGAACUAUCUAAGAUAAUAUAAUGCUAUAUUUUGAUCAUUAACUUAUAGUGUCACACAUUAAGCUAUAUAGUUCAUGAAAUGUUAUGUUUUAUAAUAUUAUGUGUAAUGUCAAAUAAUUUACUGUUAUUACAGUUGUUUGUAUUGUCUAUAUACAUAUAAUUACUGCCUCUUUAGAUUUUUUUUCAAUGAAUGUUUAGAAAUAACGAAGCGUUAUUGGAUGUCUUUUAAGUUCAAUUACUAAUAAAAAGAUUUUUGAUUUCAAUCAUAAUAAAUAUAUAUUUAAUUUCGUAUAUAAAUAAACACUUGCUUUCAAGAAAUUUUAGGGAACUUAAGAAGUACUCGGUCAAUUAUUUUAUCUGUAUAUAACUGCAGUAAAAACUACUGAAUAAUUAAAUUGAAUAGUAAGCAAAUUUUAUUUUGUUGUUUUAAUGAUAUUCUGUAUCUUUGAAAAAUAUUUGAUUUAGUCUGUUUUUAUAUAUCAUUUUAAGUGAAAGGUUUUCAAUAAAGACAAAUAACAUUUUUACGUGAUGGUUUAGAUUUUACAUGAAUUUCGCGUGUUAAAUAGUUUUCAACUGAAUAAAAAUGUGUUUUUGACUGUUUAAAUCACAAACACUUCUUGUAAAUAUUGGAUUAACUCAGUUUAAAUUUAAUGAAAAAAAAAAUCGCCGACUAUGUACCUGAAUUUUCAAUUACACUAAGUUAACUUAGGUGUAGUGUUAGCUCUUAAAAAAUCUAGAAUUAUAACUAUGACGCUAGGUUUUAUCACAGGGUCUAAGACUAGACAUCUAGGCACGUUGAUGAGUUGGAUUUUUAUAAAAAGCGCGGGAAAGUUUUGCUGUUGUCUAUGAUUUGGAUUGGACUUAUGGCUGCUGCCAAAUUAUGUAUAGAAAGCACGUUAAUUACGUAUUAUUAUGGAAAUAUUUUUACAUAAAACACAAGGUUUUUCUGACAUUAAUGCUCCAUAAUUUGAUAUUAGGUUUUGCCGGUAGGAAAUAGUAUUUUGUAAGUGUUACAAUUAAUAGAAUCUCAUAAACAAAAUAUUAUUGGUUAAUCUUUUGUUUCUAAUUUAACUUGCUAUUACAGCUUCAAUCAUUGUGAGAGUAGGAUGCAAGGCAGUUCUCUCUUUCACAAAAAAGAUUUUCCGGUACAGUCAGCAUAAUAGAAAUAGUCACUGUUGAACAAAACUACUAAGUUAUUUACGAUACGAAAGUUGUUGAUUCUGUUAAAGAUUUAAUUCCAUAGAUAGCAAUAAAGAAUAAAUUGGAUUUCAAUGCGAGAGUAGUUUCAAGAGACUAACCAGUAAUCCGUUAAAUUUCAUAAUAAUACUGUAAAAACAAAUACGUAUGUUCAAACCGCAUAACGUAGCAUGUACCAUAGUAAUUAGUGUAACAUUUUUUAUUAUAUUUUACUUGUAUAUUAUAAACCACAAGUUCACUCGAGGUUGUGUUUGAUAAUUGUAUUUAUUUAACAGGUUUUUAUACUUUCACUAUAAUUUUAUUUACUGACCCUACACCAAAUUGUUAUUUCCCAUUGCAAUAAGAUAAUACCUGAGUAAUGUACAAGAUCGUAGAUGUAUAAUGUAUUUAAGUUGGCAACGACGUGUAUUUGUAGUGUCGUUGCUGACGGUACCGAUGGUCCAUUUUUCCUAUUCAAUUGCACCGUUAACAUAAGUUCCCGAAAAAUGGAUCAAAGCUAUAAUAAUGUAUUAAGUUUAUUCCAUAAAAAUUGUACAGAUUUUUUAUUCUCAAUUUACAACACGGCUUUUCCGUCCUUGGAAAUGAUUUUAAAGCCUGAUGUAUGUGCCUCGAAGUUUUAUUAUCGUUUUGCAAUAAUUUAGUUAGUGUGAAGGCACUUGCGUUUAGACUGUACUCAACAAUAGAUGGCGCUGUGGACAAAUGCGGCGCAGCAUUUGAAAAGGAAAACAAUAAUAAAAAUACAAACAAACAUGUAAAUAUUACUGUAACUUGAAUAUCAUCGUUAUUUAUUCAUUAAAUUCAUUUAUUUCGUUGGGAAUAAUUUAAUUUAUUCGAUAGUAGUAUAACGUUAAUUCUACUUUUUAAAUGUGUAAGAUUUAUAAUCAGCGCCAUCUAGCGAACACAAUACGUAAUUAAAAGCGGGUAAACCAUUCCAUUUUAUUUACAAUAGCAAUUUCUUUACUACUCAUUCCAUGAUUGGCUGCAAUAGUUGUCCCUUACAGAUUUUAAUAUUAAGUAUUAAUGCUAAACAUAGCAACACUACAUAUAGUUAAGCGCUAGUAUGUUACAGUACACACUAACACCGAAUGUCUACACGGUACUGCAGGUUGGUUAGCAAUGCGUGAACAACAUUUUGCGCAAGUUUGCAUGAGCGGUUGUGUUUUAUAUUAUUCAGAUGGACUUGUGCGAAAUGUGUAUGUACAUGCAGUGGCGUGUAGCGAUUUUAGGUACGAUUAUGCAUUGUUCGUGAAAUGUUGGAAAGAUAAAUAACAUGCUAUCUCACUCAUAGAUAGUAAUGAUGUUUCGUCUCAAUCGAAACAAAAGAAUGAGAUGGUAAAUCAUCAGUUUCUACGUUUCAUGACACUGAAAUAUCUAUCCUGUUUUUUUAAGAUUUCUAAGUUUUAUUUUCGUACCAAAUGGUGUUGCUAUGUGAGAGAAGAUAUUAUGUAAUAUAUUAUAUUAUUCACGCAUUAUUUAUUUUGACCGUCGAGUUUAUUAUGUUGUUACGCUUUUCUGCUUAUAGUUUUUCAAUCUUAACAUCUUAAUCAUAAGGUCCACAUUCGAUCGACGUAUGUACUUAUAUAACGCGUCCAAUUUGUACCGGAUUUAUUCAGGGCUAAUUGUAUUUAUUUUAGUUUUAUUUUCAUGCAUUUUGGCCUGUAUUAUGUUUUGUUUUUGGUACGCAAAUGUUAGGGCGUCAAGUGAUAUGCGAAUGAUUCAUUUUUUUUUUAAAUGUUUCUUGUAAAAACUUUUAGGGUUUCCCCAGUCAUUAUUAUAUUCUUCAUUACAAUAUUGGGAGGUUGUUUUUUUAUCGUUGAAAAUAUUCGCAGUUUUGUGUGUGUUAACAAAUACUAAAGUUGUUUAUUAAUAAUCGUUUUGUUUUAUUUUUCAUUGAAUUUUUCGCAUGCCACUGUAACGUAUAUGGGAUUGAAUUAUUGUUGUAAUGUUAAAUAUAAUAUAAUUAAUAUUAACUUAGGGUAUGUCCCAUCAUUAUUGUAAUUGAAUUUAAACAUUUUGAUUUUAUUAUCAAUUUUACACUACUAAAUUAUUUUCAACUGUUUUUCUUGUAUUUCAGUAUACAUUUAAACAACACGAGUUAUUUAAUACUGCAUUCUGUUAUCAUUCAAUAAUAACUUGUUAUAAUCUAAUAAUAAAAGAAGCAAGUUGAGUCAAAAUGUUUAUAUUCAUUUUUAUUGUUUUUAAGUUUUUCGAACCGUGUUGUGGGAACAUGAGGUUUAGAAACGUUAUAAAAUAAAAAAAAGAUGAUAAAUAUACACAGAUAAAAAUAAAAUAAGUCUUACUUGUUUUAUACUGAUGUUACAGAUAUGAAAUUGUAUAUAACUGUUUUCAUUGUAUUUCACAGUUACGUGAAGUAAAUACCGCGUUUGGAAUAUAUAAAUAGUUUAAAAAUCAUAUAAAAGUAUAAAGUGUAAGCUUGAAAUGUUCGUGUUCCCACAAAACUAAUUUAGUUCAUAUACUAUUGAAUCUACCUCAACCAAAUUACCAAUUAACGUCGUUUGUAAGUGUUCUUGGGUAUAAUUACUAAUAAAAUACUGAAUUGUAGUGUUUUUUAUAAUAAAAUUAAUAUUUGUUUCGAGUACCCAUUUUGAUACGGUGAUUAUUGUCGCCGACAUAUUGAAUGUGUCGCAUGAAAUGUUGCUACGGUAUUGUCAAGAUUGAACGAAUCAAUUGAAAAUAA